ACUUAUAAACAUGCCCCCACAUUCCUCAUUGGCACAUCACUUUAUUGCUCCGCGUCCUUCUUGUUUCACAAGUUUCCUUGGAAGCGGAGCGUAUUACCCUCUCUCCCUUUCUUCUAUUUUCUCAUUCCUGCCUCUCUUCUCAACAUGGCCGCCAACAGAUGGUUGAAACCUGAGGUAUACCCACUCUUCGCUUCAGUUGGUGUGGCUGUUGGAAUCUGCGGUAUGCAACUUGUUAGGAAUAUAACCACCAAUCCUGAAGUCAGGGUGACCAAACGGAACAGAACUGCAGGAAUUCUUGAGAAUUUUGCAGAGGGAGAGAAAUAUUCACAACAUAGCCUGAGGAAGUAUGUUCGCGGCAAGCAGCCUCAGAUUAUGCCAUCCGUCAACAACUUCUUCUCUGAUCCAUCAAACUAAAGCAAAUGCCAAACUUUUUGUUCUUGAGAUUUGAUUUCUGGGAUUAAAUUUUUUGCUUUCCAGUAUUGGGAAUUGAGAAGUAGGACAACGGGAUUUGAUUUUUCAGAUAAAGAUGUACUAUGAUUCUGUAAUUUGUUGGUGGAUGACAUUCAAUCUGUCUAAUAAUAAAAUUCUAUACUUUCACAUUUAUAAAUGAUCUUCAUCAGUUUUC